UCAUUGGCCUUCUCUCUCUCCCCCACUCCUCUCUCUCUCUCUCUCUCCAGUACCCUCACAACGCCAACCAGAGAAAGAAGAGAAGAGAAGAGAACAGAGAGAGCCCAGAAAACCCACCAAAACCCAAUUCUCACUUUCUCAAACAGAGCUCUCCGCAGGGGAAAAAGCUCGCAACUUUAAUUUUCCCCCGCAGGAAACCGAACGGGAGGAAGUUUGGUGCAGAGCUUUUUUUGGCAGGUAGCUUGGAAAUGGUGUUUUUCAUGAUUCUGUUCGCAGCGGAAGAGAAACGCGAAGAAGGCGAGUGGGAAAAAGAGAGAUAAACAAACAAACAAACAAACAAACAAAAGGCUUAAAAAGAAGUUUUACUUUCCCCCUUUUCUACUACUACAAGAGCAGAGGGCUUUCUGCUUUCUACAGAACAGAGAGUUUUACCCUCCGGCGGGAAAUCUCCGAUCACGGAGUUAGAAGAAGGUUUCUAGCUAGCAGGAAAUUAAGGAGACCAAAAAAAAAAAAUGUCGGCAACCAUGCUAAGCGACCCAUUGGUAGUUUCACCAGCCGAAACUCAACCUCCUCCGCCGCCGGCAGCCACCGCCACCGCCGAAGUGGAAUCAGCAAGCUGCGACUGCUGCGGCCUGACGGAGGAAUGCACGCCGGCGUACAUCGCAAGGGUACGGGAGAGGUACCACGGCAAAUGGAUAUGCGGCUUAUGCGCCGAAGCGGUGAAAGACGAGAUCGUGAGAACGGAGGAAAGACUGAUAAGCACGGAAGAAGCUCUGAACAGGCACAUGAACUUCUGCAAGAAAUUCUCGUCGUCUCCGGAGCCAACUCCGAUCGACCCGACCUUGCAUUUGAUCUCGGCCAUGCGACAGAUCCUGCGUCGGAGUUUGGACUCGCCGAGGUCGUCCCCUCGAGGACCGAGAUCUACUCCCGGAAGCCCCACGACGAAGUCUGUGGUGAAGCUGACGAGGUCCGGGAGUUGCUUCUCGACCCUGUCUAGAAGCAUAUCGAACUGAUUAAGUCAAUUAGUUUCGAACAUUGCGACCAACAAAUCAAAGGAGGGAGAGGGUUUAAUGAGAAGGUUUUGGAUUGAAAAAAGGGUAAUUAUGGAGGGUUGGGGAACUAGGAUUUUAGUGGAAGAAGAAGCAGCAAUAGGAAUUUCUCCCAAGUUAGAAGUAAGGGAAAUGAAUGGAGAUUGAAAAUUACAUAAGUCCUUAUUCUCAGACUCUAUCUGUGUUUCAGUUGUGAAAAAAAAUUGUAAAAUUUCUUCUCUCUUCUAACUAGGUUAAAAAAUGUCUUUUCAAUUUUCAGAACUC